UCCUGGCUCUCGAGGCUAAUUUCCGAAGCUGCAUAACCCGGCCAAUAUUGGCUCGUAAUCAAUGCGAAACAAGAGUUGCCGCGUCGUGUCCUUGGACCUCAAUGGAUACGUAGACAACAUCUAUGAUGCGGAGAGACAUAACCCCAGCUAGACAUCUGGCGGCAAAGCGGGAACAGAGGGGAAUAUUGUCAACUCUUUGCUGAUAACCCGGCUACUGCAAUAGGUUGGAGAUAACCCACUGGACAGUGGUCCCGUUGUCGGCGGCUAUCAUUAUUGAUGUACUGUGGCUGCAUGUUUCCAACGGUUUGGUGUAUCAUCAUCGUGUUGUUGCCGUCUCAGCAGCCAAACUAAUUUCCACCACUGCUUCACUGGAGCAUUGAGGCUGCUAGGCUGAAUGCUAUACAUGACCGAUGUUAUAGGAGCAGGGAAGGAAUCACUAUCAGCCAAUACUCAGUGUCACUGCCUAUAUUUUUGGCCUGGCCACGGCUGUCCACCUCCACGGGUGCUAACAGAAAUGGCACGAGCCUUGCCAUUGCGUGACGCCGGGGCCCAGACCUAGAAUAUCGCCGUACCUUUAAUUUGGUCUCAUAAUAAACCAAUGAGCUGCGGAAUUCCGGAUAUGAAUAGAUAUAAUUAUUUCUCGUAUGACCUGACAAUUGAGUAAGAGUCGCUGUGCCCGCAUUGUAAUUUGGAUAAUGUAGGGUAACCCAGCCAUUGGUCCCCGGGAAGCUCCUUGUAGCUUUCCAUCAUCCUUUGGAUAGUAUCAAAUAUACAGUACUGUCGAGGGAUUUUAGUGCUCCCCGGUUGCACACCAAUCCAUUCCCUUAGGAUUCUCGUGGCCAAUGGGAAUCCACCUAUUAAGUUGUAAUCUUUAGCGACUGCGCACCUAUAGACAAUGAGAUAUGCGACUAGCGACCAAUACGCAUCAACUUGCCGUCCCAAACUACAAUGGCACCAUACGCUAGCUAUGAUUGGCAAUAUCGCCACAUAAAUAGCCACCCUACUUCUACGUCCUCCAUUCUGUAGAAUGCCCAGAACUGGGCUGAUUCUAGACGUCUGCAAUGGCCAGGUCACAUGAUCUGCACUCUCGUUUGUCUCUCGGUCUGAGGCGAGUCGCGGCCCACUUGGCAUAUCCACUGGCGGGAAGUCCUCUGCUGUUGGCGGCUCCCCCAGCGAGGACAGCCAACACCCAACAGGUGGCGGAUCCUGCAACGCUAGUCUUCGUGGAGAAAGCUGGAGAAACUUCCACCUUGCGUUUUGACCACACAACCACUUUCAUCAACUCCCCUUCACCCACGAUCCAAUUCCCCCCUCGACCAUUACGGUUUUCGUCCUCGUCCUCGGGUUUUUUCCUCCUGGUUACCGGUAUCUGCUUUGUCUGCUGGAGUCUUGCACAAUGUUCUAGACGCCACCGACAACUCCCACAAAUCGCAUUUCACUGUCCCCUGAGAUACAAGUCAACUGUUUCUCAGGCUAUCCCCCCGCAAAGGAAGAUCCCUGGUAUCCGUUAUCCUCGGUAAAAGCUCAUUCAUCACACUAAACCGCCUCGAUUCCCCAUCCAACCACGAUAGUCAAUAUCAAACAUGAGUUCCAACUUGAACAAUGGAGGCGAAGUGCCUUCUGCUGCCCAGCAGCUCAUGCAGAAGCAUGCUGAACCUCACGCCGUCAGCGUUGAAGAUGUGCCUGACGUCGACCUCCCCAAGCCCGCCACCGCUGCCCCUGCCGCCGCCACCAGCAACGGAAAGGCACCUGCUCCUCCUAAGAAGGGACUUGACACACAAUCUCACGAAGUCUUCCCUGAGCUUGGUGGACCCAAAGGCAAGAAUGCCAAUGUCGCACCUAUCUGGGGCGCAAAGAACAAUACCAACGACAAGUCCAAUGGCGCAGGAUCCAACGGCGCAUCUCGUUCCUCCACCCCUGCUUCUACCCAAGGACCUACACCCGCCAUGUCUAUUCCUGGCCGUAACGUCGAAUCAGUGACCCUCGAGCCCCAGUUCAUCAUGCCUCGCAACCAGCUAAAGCGUCCUAUUCCCGACAUUCUCAAGGACAUCAACCGCAAGUCGCGAGCCACCAUCACCAUGGCCACCGCCACUAACGGCCGUCUCAAAUUUGAUGCUACCGGCCCUCAAGAUGUCGCUCAACAGGCCCUCAAGGACCUUGUUCAACAAAUUGGUGUUAGAACUACUAUCAAGGUCCCAAUCCCUUACUCGGCCCGCUCUCACAUCAUUGGAAAGGGGGGUUCUAUGAUCAAGACUAUCCAAGAGAAGUCUGGUGCUAGAAUCCAACUGCCCAAGAUGGAGGAGACUCAGCAUCUCGAAGACGAUGAUGAAGCUAUAAUUGACGUAGUUGUGGAGGGCAACGCAUUGUCUGCUGCUUCCGCUCGCAACGAAAUCCUCCGAAUUGCUGGCGAGCGCUCCGGCAACACUCAGACCAAGGUCAAGGGUAUUCCUUCUGUAUUCUACCCCUUCAUUGGUGGUGCCUUGGCCCAAGCUCUUGAAGAACAGAACGACGUUCAGCUCCGUGUGCCUACCCACCAGCCUUUUGUUUCUGGCCCUUCGCCCGUUGUGGUCAACCCUGGACAGCGACCGGUCUUCCACCCCGCCGCUGUCGAUGGCGAGCACAUUCAGCUUGGAGGUGAUCGCGAUAGUGUGCAGAGGCUGCGUGCCGAGAUUGAACGACAGGUUGCUGAGCUUCACACCCAGCUAGAACUUGAGCAGCUCUCUAUUCAGCGCGGUCGUCACCAAUUCAUCAUCGGUAGCCGAGGUGUCCCUUGUGAUGUUUUCUUCGAAGAGACAGGCUGCACCAUUCUCCUCCCAUCUGAUGAAGAAGAUGACUUGGUCACAGUCGUGGGCCCAUCUAACCGCAUCCAGGCCGGUGUCGAACGAGCCAUGGACUUAGCCAUGGGUAUGCAGAUGUCCAACAUUGAUUUGGGCCGAUUCCACCGCACGGCCCCCGGUGGCGCCGCUAUCCAUGCCGCUAAUGUCACCAGAUAUCUCCGUCAGAGAAAGGAGAUUGAGCGAUUGGAAGCAAGCUACAACACUCACAUUAACACACCUCUCUCUCAGGAUGGCGCUCUGCCAUGGGAGUUGUAUUCUCGCGAGGGCAAGAAUGCCAUCCGCGCUCAGUCCGAGAUCACAGGCAUUAUCAAUGGACACCCCCCUACUCGUAUGCGCACUGUCGCGGUUGAUCCGUUCUUCCACCAGCAUCUUCGCGCCGACGUUACCCCUAGAGUGCAGAAGAACUAUGGUGUCCACAUUGUUGUGCCUGAGGCUAUUGAUGGAGAUGUCCCUGUUCUUCUCGUUUACGAAGGUGCUCAGCCUGCCGACGGCGCUUAUGCUGUUCCCCGUCUGAAGCCUACUGAUGAGGAAGUCAAGGCUUUCCAACAAGGCUUGGAAGAUGCCCAGAAGCAUAUUCUCGAGCUUAUCAGCAAGCAGGAAGCUCUUUCCAGCACCUCCAUCGAUGUCCCCACCAAAUACCAUGAGAGACUCCGACGAUUUAUCAAGAAGGAACAGGAGAACAGAUCUGCUGACCAGAUUCCCAUCAGAGUCACCAAAGUCGGUACAACUGUCACUCUGCGUGGUCCUGCUUCAGCUGUGAAGUCGCUCGAAGCUAAGGCAUUGGCCUUCAUUGCUCAAGAGAAGGAAGACGAGAAGGAGCGUGGCUUUGUUUUGACCUUUGACUUCCCCCAGAAGUUUGCGAACCACCUCAUUGGUAAGGGUGGAAGCAACAUAAAGGAGCUUCGUGACCGCUUCGAUGUCGAGAUUCAAGUUCAAGAUGGCAACGUGGAGCUGAAGGGACCCAAGGCCAAGGCAGAAGCUGCCAAGGCUCACAUCUUGAGUGUUGGCCGCACCUUGGCGGAUGAAACGACACACACCCUUAAGAUCGACCCCAAGUUCCACCGGGAGCUGAUUGGUGCCCAAGGUGCUCAAAUCAACCGCCUUCAGACCCGAUACAACGUCCUUAUCUUCUUCCCCCGCUCCUCCAAGAACGUGGCUGAUGACCAGUCCAACGCCGAUGCUGCCAGCGACGCUGGCAAGGGCCGUCGUCAGCAAGGUGUUGACGAGGUUAUUAUCCGCGGUCCCAAGAGAGGUGCUGAUGAAGCACGCGACGAAAUCUUCUCCCUGCAUAAAUACUUGGAGGAGAACUCUGUUACUGCCACCGUCGCUGUUCAGCAGAAGCAGAUUGGCUCCCUUAUUGGCCAAGGAGGUGCAUCGUUGGACGAGUUAAGACAGUUGACAGGUGCCCGUAUUGACGUCCCUGGUGAUCGCGAGUCCGAGACAAUCGAAAUCUCCAUCAAGGGCACUGCUUCUCAAGUUGCCAAGGCCAAGAAGCUACUCGAAGAGAAGCGAAGCGUGUUUGAUGACACUGUUAUCGAAACAAUUGAGGUCGAAAAGAAGCACCACCGUGCCCUCAUUGGUCCUGGUGGUUCCACCCUUCGGGAGAUUGUUGUUGGCGCCGGCGGCGCUGAUGACCGCCGAGCUCUCGCCAGAGCUAUUCAGUUGCCUAAGCAAGAGUCUGAAGGCAACAGCAUCAAGGUUGAAGGCCGCACCACUGUUGUCGCCAACAUCAUCAAGCGCAUUCAGGAGAUUGUUGCCGAGCGCGAGAACCAGGUCACCGAGGUUGUUGAUGUUCCCGUCGACCAGCAUCGCACUUUGAUUGGUCGCGGCGGCGAGGCGAAGCGUCAGCUCGAGAGCAAGUUUACUGUCUCUAUUGAGAUUCCCCGCCAGGGCGAUGGCAAGACUGGCGUGAAGCUGAUUGGACGUCCCGACAACGUUGCGCAAGCCAAGGAGCACAUCGAAGGACUUAUCAAGCAACAGCAGGGCGAGACAAUCCAGGUUCCUCGCAAGGCUCACCAUGCUGUUGCCAAUGGCGGCCAGUUCUUCCGCCAGCUCCGCAACAACCAUCAGGUCACUGUUGACCACGCGGGUCACACCCUGCCUCGCAAGCCCGAGGCAUCCCGAGCAGCUGGUGGUGCCCUGCCUUUGAUCACCGACGACGACGAAACCGCGGCUGACGCCCACUCGUGGAACGUGGUUAAGAUGACGGCCGGUGAGGAGGGUGAUAUCCCUUGGGUCCUUCGUGGUACCCCCGAGAACGUAGCCAAGGCCAAGGCUCUCAUUAACAAGGCUUUGGACCAGGCCAAGGACAAUGAUGCUACUGGCUACCUUGUCUUGCCUGAUCCCCGCACCUACCGUUAUGUCAUUGGUCCCAACGGAUCCAAGGUCAACUUCAUUCGUCAACAGAGCGGAUGUAAGAUCCAGGUUCCCCGCGACCAGGCCAAGGACGAGGCUAUUGAGAUUAUCGGUAGCGAGGCCGGCGUUGAGAAGGCUAAGGUUCUUAUUUUGGAGGCUGUCCGUGAUGGUGUGCUGAUUUAGAAUGACAAUCCUGAACGGAAGAGCAUCUUCUAUGGCUAAAGGUUGGUGUACUAGCAUAUUGAGCCAAACUGAGCCUCUUUAAAACAAGAAAAUACCGUCAGUAUAGCUAAGCGCUGGCGGGUGUUGCAAAUUUUAAUAUAAAAAUAAAUACUGCAUGAUGAUAGAAAAUUAUACAAGUUCAACCAAUUUUUUCUUUAAAUAUAUUUCUUCCUCAUUUAUAAGGUCUGUAUUCUUCCAUUGUGUAUAUGAUUGUAGUGAAGUUCACGUGCGGCUACGCCAGCGCCGGGAUCGAAGCCAGAGAUCCUUCCGAUAGCGC